AGUUUUUUUUUUUUUUUUUUUUUUUUUUGAAUUUUUUUUUUUAACACCAUAUGGUUUAUACGGUGAUGGCGGAUGUUGCUGAAAUAGAGUCGGUGAAGAAUUAUCAAAUAGCGUUUGAGAAGAUAGACCUAAACACCAGUCGAUAUCCAUACUGUAUUGUGUGGACACCAAUCCCCGUGUUAUCAUGGCUGUUUCCAUUCAUUGGGCACAUGGGGAUCUGCACAUCGGCAGGCGUGAUCCGUGACUUUGCGGGGCCUUACUUUGUAUCGGAAGACAACAUGGCGUUUGGAAGACCAACAAAGUACUGGAUGCUGGAUGUCAGCAAAGUAUACGCCAGUGGCUCUAAUGCUUGGGACACAGCAGUUCAUGAUGCCUCAGAGGAGUACAAACACAGAAUGCACAACCUUUGCUGUGAUAAUUGUCACUCACAUGUUGCCAUGGCACUGAACCUAAUGCACUAUGACAAUAGCACCUCGUGGAACAUGGUGAACCUCUGUUUGCUCGCCCUCAUUAAUGGCAAACAUGUCAGCUGGGCUGGAUUUCUAAAGACCUGGCUGCCCUUCCUUAUAUUAUGCAGUGUCAUUGUGUCCUUGGCUCUGUACAUAAACUUGCGGUGACCACACAGCGGUAGUAAGUGAAAGCAGGACAAAGAGACUUCUGCAUCCUGAUGGAGAUCCUGGUCUGGACCAUAAAGUGGGACUCCAGUGAAUGUCAGCUGGACUACAGGGGACAACAAACUCGUCCACGUGCAGACUAGGCGCCUUCACGUCUGAAACCUAAUUCUAAUCCUGUUUUUCACAUGAUUGAGAGAGAAAACCCAUUAUGGGUCUCUUGUCUCAUUGUAAUGUAAGAAUUUAUAUACUCAAAUGCUUGUCUUCCAAGGUGUGCAAUUAGUGGUGCUGAUUUAUUGUUUAUUAUUAUUAUUCUGUCCCACAAUCAUAACCCCAGUUUAGACAAUUAAUGCAACUAAUUUUAUAUCUUCACAGAAUCACCAUAUGCUCUGAAACUUGAUCUACCUACAUUUAGUUUUCUUGAUAACAUGAUUCUUUGUAUCCUGAUUAUGGGUCUUAUUGUCUGUGUAGUUUAUUUCUACCGAUUCUCUUUAUUGUGCUGCAGAACAGCAUGUUUUCAAGGGCCUUAGUAUUGAAGUCAUUUUAUAUACAGAUAUGCCUUUUGCACUCAAUUAUUGUACUGCCAGGUAAACAUAAGAUUUAUUGUGUUUUUGAGGUACAUUUUAUGUAAAUAUUGGACAGCACUGUACUGUAGUGGGCAGAAUUACUGCAUCACUGCUCCAGGGUGCCUGGUUAGAUACUGAGCUUGAGUUACCGUCUGUAUUUAUUCCCUGUGUUCAUGUUGGUUUCCUCUGGCUUCUCUGGUUUCCUUCACCUCCCAAAACAUGCCAGUAGGUGGAUUGGCUGUAAUAAAUUACCCCUCAAUGUGAA